AUGAACAUCCGGAAGCUGAACGUACCCCCGAAUGUGAAGUUCGAGAUUGACGAUAUCGAAGAGCCAUGGACGUUUUCGAGACCGUUUGACUAUAUCCACAGCCGUCUCAUGACAUCCAGCCUCGCAGACUGGAGGAAAUACCUGCAAAACUGUUACGACAACCUCACACCCGGCGGCUACCUCGAACUGAACGAGAUGGACCUAAUCCCAACCUCGGACGACGGAACCUUGACCGACGACCUCGCCUUCACCAAAUCUCUGAGACUCCUAGGCGAAGCGAUGGGAAAGCUAGGCCGUCCGUAUCAGGACAUACCGGAGCUCAAGGAUAUGAUGGUCGAGAUCGGGUUCCGCGACGUCGUCCUGGAGAGGUAUAAGUGGCCGACCAACUCCUGGCCGCGACAUCACAAGUACAAGGAACUCGGCGUCUGGCAGAAUGAGAACCUGAGUGCGGGCAUGGAGGGCUUCAUCAUGGCGCCGUUUACGCGGAUCCACGGGUGGUCGAGAGAGGCGGUUCUCGUGUUCCUUGUCGAUGUGCGGAAGGAUAUCAAUGAUCGGAAUAUCCACGCGUACUUUUCAGUGUGA